UGUAAAUUUUGGUUGUUUUUUUUUUUCCCCUCGCGGCCUGUUGGGGCCGCUGUCGUUUUCUUGUCAUCUACUGUCAGCUGUUGCCUGUUUGGUGUUUCCUGGCCUGGAGCACGAGAGAAUGCCUAAGUCAAAGGAACUUGUGUCUUCAAGUUCAUCUGCUAGUGAUUCAGAUAGUGAAGUUGACAAAAAGGUAAAGCGGAAAAAGCAAGCAGCUCCAGAAAAGCCUGUAAAGAAACAAAAGAUUGGUGAAAGUUCCAAAGGCACAACUGCUUCUAAGCAAAGCAAUGACAGAAAUGAGAAUAUGUUUCAGAUUGGCAAAAUGAGGUAUGUAAGUGUUCGUGACUUUAAAGGGAAAGUCUUAAUUGAUAUUAGAGAAUAUUGGAUGGAUCAAGAAGGUGAAAUGAAGCCUGGCAGAAAAGGUAUUUCUCUAAAUCCAGAACAGUGGAACCAGCUGAAGGAACAAAUUUCUGAUAUUGAUGAUGCAGUAAGAAAAUUGUAAAUACAGAGCCAUAUGGAAAUCUUUAUUAUUUUAGUUGUUUUAAGUUGUCUUCUUACAUUAGCUUUUGUUUUCUAAAGUACAGAUUCCCAAGUUAUUGUAUAUUUGGAUUGCAAAACAAUUUAUAAGAAAGGUACUUUUUAAGUGCAUUAACAGUGCAUUCUGAGUGAGACUAUAUGUGUAUACUUUACUAAAAGGAAAUGUGUUGCUUUUACCUCAUGGUAUAAAAUAAAUCAAAUAUGUAAAGCG